AUGGCCCUCAGCCGUCAACAUGUCAUCCUGGCAGGCCUCUGCGGCUUUAUAUCCUGGGGCUUGAUAGUGAGUUGGAUACCGGUCGCUCGCUAUCUCGGCUACGCGUUUGUCUCGGGAGCUUCACUUGUCUUGGUUGCUUUGUUGGGCUUGGUAUUGCUCACGGUCAGGAGCAAGUCCAACGAUGGAAGACACCAGCGGGUCUCUCCGACGGUAGCCUUUCUAACCCCGGAUAAUUGGAGGAGGGAAGUGAACAACUAUCGAAAGAUUGCGGCAUACGAACCCACUUCGCUAUACCCUCAAUCCUUUGUCGUAUCUGAAGGCAUCGAUGACCUUCUCCGACUGGUUUCUCGCGACUUUAUCUCUUCCUGGUAUCAAAACAUCAGCCCCAGUCCGGUGUUUAUUCACGAGGUGGACAAGGCGAUAAGGAUCGCGCUGGGCAACCUUCGCGACAGGCUUCUAAGUGAAGACUUGGUCUCAAUCGUCGUCUCGCGUAUCUUCCCAAUCCUGACAACGCAUCUUAAAGAGUUUGACCGGGCUGAGAGAGCGGUGCGCGGAAGAAACCUGACUCGAAAUGUGACUGAAUCCGAAGAGCUUGACUUCGCAAUCGCGAGCAAGUAUCGUGACGGCAGGUUACACCCGGCUGUGGCUGUUUCAUUCUCCGAUCAGAAGUCUCUCCAACAAGAGCAUCUCCGCAAGGUUGUCGUCGGGCUAUUACCGCAGCUCCUUCCUGAGAACCUGCUGAAUAGUCGAGCGGUUUCGGUUUUGAUAAGAGAAAUCGUCGCUUGCGCUGUUCUUUUCCCACUUGUGACGUUGCUUUCAGAUCCAGACACAUGGAAUCAACUGAUAGAAACGUACGGGCGCACAGCGUUGCAGGAUCGCAAGACGGUGCGAAAGCUUCGGGCGGCGUUGGACGAGCAUGCAUCACCGGUUUCGAAGUCGAAACAAGUGCAACCGUUUCCGAAGCUGAGGCCUAAUGACUCCGAACGCUCCUUUGAACGUUUUGUCAGGGCGAUCAGACGCUGUAAUAAUCUUUCCGAUGCCAGGCGAUUUCGGGCGCAGAUCGCGAGCCAACUGAAACGCGAGAGUAUGGUUGACGGGCAGGAUCAGGUCUAUCUCCGACGCCUGGAAACCGGCAAAAGAGUUCUUGACCAGAAAGUGGCUAAACUAUCAUCUACUGGCAGCGUCUCUCGUCCUGCAGCGGCUAGACCUGACGUGCGGCGUAACAGCGCUCCAAAGCUGCAUGAAGCAUCUUUGGUGGACAUUAUGCACGACGCCGCUGGACUCUCGUAUUUCAUGGAAUUCAUGGAUCGUCAACGUCGGAUGUCCCUCGUCCAGUUCUGGAUCGUCGUCGACGGGUUUCGAAAUCCUCUCGAAGACGAUUUUGGGGAUGAGACCUCCGUUGCUUCCACUACGUGGACUGCAACUGACGUUAAUGAUAUGAUAUUGAUCAGCGAAACUUACUUCUCGAAACCAGAGCUGAAUGUUCCAGAGGAAUCUCGCAAAGCUGUGAAGGCUUUCCUGAGUGCUGGCAAAAAGGCUACCCCGGAGCAGUAUCGCAAGGCACGAACCGCUAUUUUGACAACCCAAUCCGCCGUGUUGGAAGAACUGCAGGAGGUUUAUUUUCCCAAGUUUAAGCAGUCUGAUCUAUAUUAUAAGUACCUCUCAUCCGAUGAGACCUCGACGUCGGCCCCUCAACCGGGUCCUCCGCGGACCAUGACGAGCUCUCCUGCACCGGAGACAUCCGAAAGACGACCUCUUCCUACUCUCAUGACCCGUACAAUGUCCCAACCCAGCAUGAAGCCGAGAGACCUACGCAGGGCUGCUGUAUCUUCUAGCGAUGGGAGAAACACAGGCAGGUUGUUCGACGAUGCCGACUCUCCAAGACAUUCGUUCGAUUCAGAGCGUUCUGCACCACUGUUCGAUGAUGAUUAUGAUACCGACCCUCUUGCAAUGUCAACCCACAGUAUAGGCAAAGAUUCUCAGAAUGGUGAAAGCGAAGCUAAGAACAAUCAAGUGAUCGAGAACAUGGAGGCUGCGUUGAACGACAUUAUUACCAAUGAGCCUAAAAAUGGGAAAGUAGACGGCGUCACUUCCCCCGUAUCCUUGUUUUCCGAGGACAAGGAACGAAACUCGCCCCGUGGCUCGUUAGAUGGCCCCCGGGCCGACUCCCGGUCGACAGAAAAACCCAAACCAAGCAUCGCCUCGCUUGGCCUGGUUGACCCUUCUUCUCGAACAGGAGUGUUUGAUGAUGAGCUUUUCCCGGACGAGAAGAAAUUCAUCGAGGACGAAUAUGCCGACCCGGAGGAAGAGGACGAGAAAGAUCCUGCCGAUGAGAUCCACGAAGCAGCCCCUGGAGACCUCGGGCUCGCCGAAGCAAUCGCAGCUCUGACAGAGGAUAUAGAAAAGCUGGCAGCGCAAGAAUCUGUGCUUGACGCUCUUACCCGAAAAGCCGAACUUACAAACAAUACCGCAGAGCUCAGGAUCCUCGGGAAGUCGAAGGCGAGUAUUCAACGCGAAAUCCGUCGCAAGGAAAUGCAAAGACAACAGUAUAUAAUUCAAGAGAGUGACAGCAGUCUUUAUGGUCGAUCUACAGUGCAGAUCAAAUCGAUCAUGGUGGGAAAAGAGGAGGAUGGGCGGGAGUUUGCACUAUACGUGAUCGAGGUGCAUAGAAAAGCAGGAGAGCAGAUGCCCGCAGCAACAUGGGCAGUUACACGCCGAUACAGCGAGUUUCAUGAACUUCAUCAGAAACUACGGAUGAGGUACGCUUCUGUGCGUCAGCUAGAGUUUCCGAGAAGACGCGUUGUGAUGAAGCUACAAAAAGACUUCCUGCAAAAGAGACGUGCUGCUUUGGAGGCAUACUUGCAACAGCUUCUUCUGUUGCCGGAGGCAGAGCCUGCGGCCGAUGGGGAAGCCAAAGACAUUGUUAGUCGUAUCUAUAACUCGGUUGCCGACGGCAUGGAGGAUUUUCUUGGGAAUAUUGCCAUGCUGGAUCAGCUCUCUGCCGCGGGACAGAGCUUAAUUUCCGCUGCUACCAACCAGCUUUCCUCGUCGGAACCGGCCCUGGCGACGGAAGAUGCAGUGACUGCAGCAGAGGCCGAAGCUGAAUUGAAUGCCUUCGAAGAUCGCGAGUUGGAGCCCUUCAUCAAACCUAUCUGCGACCUCUUCCUCGAGGUUUUUGAACUGAACAAGGGCAACAACUGGCUUCGCGGGCGCGCGGUUGUCAUGGUCCUUCAUCAGCUCCUAGGAGGUACGAUUGAAAGGAAGGUGCGCGACAGUGCGAAGUCUUUUGUUCAGGAUGACUCGCUACUUCGCUACAUUUCACUUGCCAAGGAUACCCUAUGGCCUGGAGGCGUCUUGCGCCCCCCCGUAGUCCGCACCCCUUCACAGAAAUCAAGAAGCCGGACUGAAGCUAGCUUUAUGCUUGCGGCGCUUAUUCCGGAUAUGGCUGGGAAUGUCGUCGGAAGAGCAAAUGCGCAAGCGGCUGCAAGGAGGAUCUUUGCGACGCUCAACAAUCAGCGAUUGAAUAUGCACCUGGUGCUUACAAUCCUAGACGAAAUCGUUCUCGUGCUGUUUGGUGGUGCAGACGCCGGAAGAGUUCGAUAG